AUGGCACAGAGAAUUCCAUCCUUCGUCCCGCCGCCAGCAGCGCAGCAGCCGCAGGUGGCUUGGCAGCCAAGCCCUGGCUUACCUAGCCCCGAGGUAAUUCAGAAGCAGAAAGAAGGGUACAUUAGGCUUUUGGACGAGCAACUGAAGCAGGGGCAGAACACGCUGGAUCAGCAGAGAAAACAGCAAUCUGAGUACUUGCACACACAAGCUCAACAGCAGAAGCAACAAGUUGAGAUGCAAAUCAAACAACAGGUGCAGCAGCAAGAGAUGCAGUUGCUCCAGCAGUACAAUCAGUCUUUAAUGCAGGUGCAGCAGGCAUCUGCGCAGCAGAAGGCUGCACUUGAGUCACAGGCCAUGCAGCUGGUGAUGGAAUACCAGCAGAAGCGGUCUCAGGAAGAGAUGCUGGCAAAGCAGCAGCAGUUGCAGCGGGGUCACAUUGAGGCGCAAAUGAAAUUUGCCGCUGAGAUGCAGAAGCUGCAAGUCACAGCACCUCAAGGUGGAAGCCCGGUCUCGCAGCACCUUGGAUGUCACGGCACAGCAUCGUUCCGGGGGUUUUGGAGUGACUUCAUGAUUGUUUGCCGUGCGCAGCCAGUGGGCCUGAGGCACCGCUUUGGAACUGUUUCAACGGACGUGAUUCAGCGGAAGGUGCUGGUCCCCCCCAGCAGCGACGUGCGCUGGGUGAGAUGUCCGAACUUGCUGCGCAACUGCACGGUGGAGGUGGUGUUGGAGGGCGUUCGAAAUUCAGCGAAUCAACAGAUGAUUCUACGAACUUGUGAGGCCUUAGGGGUGCAGGAAGUAUGGCUGGUACCACCGCCUGCUGGAGUCAAGUACCGAGCCACAAUGGUUCGUUCGAGACACGCUUCAAGAGGCGCUGAAAGGUUUCUGACUUUGCACCGACUUGCCUCCGUCAAGGAGGUGGCAGAGCGUUGCCAAGCAGAAGGACGUGAGCUGUGGGUGUCAUACUGCCCACCCAGGCUGGCGGGGCCUUCACCAGGGCCAGAAGCAGUUCCAUUGACUGCCGGGUCUGUGUCAUCUCCCCUGCCUCGUCUGGCACUGGUACUUGGAACUGAGAGUGACGGAAUCUCGACCACGAUGCUGCGACAAUCAAACCGCGCAGUAUUCUUGCCCAUGUAUGGUUUCGUGCAGUCGCUGAACGUGGCAGUCGCUUGCGGAAUGUUGCUGCAGCGACUUUUUGAUUUAUGUCCUGAAGCGCGAGGGGAUUUGAAUCCCAUUGCAAAGGAUCGCUUGGUACUGACCACAGUUCCCGUAGACGGUGGACGAUGA